AUGCCUUACGUGGGACACUGCAACUGCGAUAGCAUUCGCAUCACGCUCGCUGAGCAACCCGCCAACUCGGUUGUUUGUCACUGCCUCAACUGCAGAAAGGCUGGUGGCGUGUUCUCGGUGAACUACUUAACCUCCGAGGAGGAAACCACCGUUGAGGAUCCAAAGAAGACGUUAACUGCCUAUGAUGACUCCAAUACCGCCGAGGGACAUACUAUCCAGCGAUACUUCUGCUCCACGUGUGGCAGCCCCGUUCUCACCAAGUCGCCCAAGAUUCCCGGCAAGAUGUUCUUGAAGGCUACGUUGUUCGACACCAUUGCGCCAUGUGGCAUGGAAGUCUUCGAAGCGACGCGGGUGCCUUUGUUCAAGUAG